UAUAUUUGGUGUGCGUAAAUAGAUGCUUCUGGUUUUGGUGCGCUCCUCGUUCGACCUGACCUAUCCAUUUUUCUAUCCACGGAGGAGGAGACCGCAGAGCUCUGGUCUCUGGUCACCUUCAAUGGCGUUACUUCAGCACGUGUACGUGUGCUAUUUGCCCCUCGCACGUGCGCUACGGUCUCGCUCCCUCACUACUAUCCCUUCACGCACCAUCACUAUCCCCUCCUCCUCCUCCUCCUCUCUCAAGAAACUCCCUCACACUGAUUCCCACGUUCUCCUCGGCAUGUCUGAGCAACAGCUUCAACAGCUCGCCGUCGACUUGGGUCAGGAAAAGUAUAGGGGGAAACAACUUCAUCAUCUUCUGUACAAGAGGAAGGUCAAAGAAAUUCAGGAUUUCAGUCACUUGCCUCAGGCAUUUAGAAAUGAUCUUGAGGAAGCUGGAUGGAAGGUUGGGCGGUCACCUGUUCAUCGUGCAGUGACUGCAGCUGAUGGUACUAUCAAGUUAUUAAUAAAACUGGAGGACAACACACUAGUUGAAACAGUUGGUAUACCAGUUGAAGAUGAUAAAGGUUCAGUUCGCCUUACUGCGUGUAUUUCAUCACAGGUAGGUUGUCCAUUGCGAUGCUCAUUUUGUGCUACCGGCAAGGGGGGAUUCUCAAGGAACCUUCAGAGGCAUGAAAUUGUUGAGCAGGUUUUGGCUAUAGAGGAGCUUUUCAAGCAUAGGGUUACAAACAUAGUGUUUAUGGGAAUGGGUGAGCCGAUGUUGAACCUAAAAGCAGUUCUUGAAGCACAUCGUUGCUUGAAUAAGGAUGUGCAAAUUGGGCAAAGAAUGAUAACAAUUUCAACAGUUGGGGUUCCCAAUACAAUAAAAAAACUGGCUUCUCACAAACUUCAGUCCACAUUGGCUGUCAGCUUACAUGCUCCAAACCAGAAACUUCGGGAAAAAAUUGUGCCUAGUGCAAAAUCCUAUCCUCUGGAUGCAAUCAUGAAGGAUUGCAGAGAUUACUUCCUCGAGACCAGUCGACGAGUAUCUUUUGAGUACACACUUCUAGCUGGAGUCAACGAUUCGGUAGAGCAUGCGAUAGAACUUGCAGAACUACUCCAUGAGUGGGGACGUGGUUAUCAUGUGAACCUGAUACCUUUUAAUCCGAUUGAAGGCUCUGAGUACCGGCGUCCAUAUAAAAAAGCAGUGCAUGCAUUUGUAGCCACUCUAGAGUCUCGUAAAAUAACUGUGAGUGUGCGGCAAACACGAGGACUUGAUGCAAGUGCUGCUUGUGGGCAGCUGAGAAAUGAGUUCCAGAAGAGCCCCUUGCUUGCUGGUUCCGACAACCUGCAAUCUCAAUUAGACAUCCCAGUUUCUUGUUGACAGACAAAGUCCCUGAAGGACUCAGUCAAGUUCUGUAUCCCAUUUCCUCUUUUUGUUCCCCCUUUGAAAGCGCACGAUAAAAGUGGUUAUCUGAUGACAAAUCUAGGUCAGCUCUCCCAGCUGCAAUGCAUUCAGUUGAUAAGCUGAAAUGAGAAGGAGGCAAAGAGAAUCCACAGUGCAUAUAACGAUCCUGCAUUUCUAAUGCAAAAGCCAUCGUUGUAAAAUGAUAGUUUGGGCAAAAUUUCAAGCCUUGAUGUGCUUUUAGGUUUCGUGGGAUGAUGUUUGACGGAUGUCUAUUAGUGAAUUCCAAGAAAAUACAAUGUGAAAUUUAAAAAGUUUGAUGUCUCAUGCUACAAGUGAAUUGUAGACUGAUGAAACAGGCAAUUUUUCUGUAAAUUAAUGACGAGUUGAAAGGUUUUUAUUCUACAA